ACCUUCUCAACAUCACACAUGCUCUUGUUUUCCCCCAAAGCACUGAUUCUCUCGAGGAGAGUUCACAGUUCACUCACCUACAAGGAGGGCCCCUGUACGCCUAGAUAUUUCCAUAGGCAUCCUCCAGACACUACAUCCCUGCAGAUUAAGAAUAGGAGUUCACUAGAAGUUAUUAAAAGAGGAGUAGCCUCGCAUGCAGAAACUUGGGAAGAGUAGCAAUAUUAUGAAAAGAGUUAAUUGAAGAAAUGGAACCUGCAAACUACACCAUGGUGACAGAAUUUAUUCUCACUGGUCUAUCCCAAACACGGGAGGUGCAACUGGUCCUAUUUGUUAUAUUUUUAUCCUUUUAUUUGUUCAUUCUUCCAGGGAAUAUCCUUAUCAUUUGCACCAUCAGGCUUGACCCCCAUCUGACUUCUCCCAUGUAUUUCCUGUUGGCUAAUCUGGCCUUCCUCGAUAUUUGGUACUCCUCCAUCACGGCCCCUAAAAUGCUGGUAGACUUCUUUGUGGAGAGGAAGAUAAUUUCCUUUGGAGGAUGCAUCGCACAACUUUUCUUCUUGCACUUUGUUGGGGCUUCGGAGAUGUUCCUGCUCACAGUGAUGGCCUUUGACCGCUAUGCUGCUAUCUGCCGCCCCCUCCACUAUGCUACCAUCAUGAAUCGACGUCUCUGCUGUAUCCUGGUGGCUCUCUCCUGGAUGGGGGGCUUCAUUCAUUCUAUAAUACAGGUGGCUCUCAUUGUUCGACUUCCCUUCUGUGGCCCCAAUGAGUUAGACAGUUACUUCUGUGACAUCACACAGGUUGUCCGGAUUGCCUGUGCCAACACCUUCCCGGAGGAGUUAGUGAUGAUCUUUAGCAGCGGUCUGAUCUCCGUGGUGUGCUUCAUUGCUCUGUUAAUGUCCUAUGCCUUCCUUCUGGCCAUGCUCAAGAAACACUCAGGCUCAGGUGAGAGUACCAACAGGGCCAUGUCCACCUGCUAUUCCCAUAUCACCAUUGUGGUGCUAAUGUUUGGACCAUCCAUCUACAUUUAUGCUCGGCCAUUUGACUCUUUUUCCCUUGAUAAAGUGGUGUCUGUGUUCCAUACUGUAAUAUUCCCUUUACUUAAUCCUAUCAUCUACACAUUGCGAAACAAGGAAGUAAAGACAGCCAUGAGGAAGUUGGUCAACAGGUAUAUCUUAUGUAAAGAGAAGUGAAAGAUAUAUAUUAUAUUUUAUAAUUCUCUUGAGGAGCAUUGCCCUAAAGUAGGAAGAAUUUGAAGUCGUAAUAAUGCUAUGUUCA